GGAGUGCGCUGAAGUAAUGGAGGGCAAUCAGGAAGUGAUCACCUUGGUAGCAACCUGCAUGGCGUUGCUACACGAUGUGCGAACCCGGUUUAAGAAGGGAAACUUGCUCAGUGUGCACGGAGAGUCGGGUGUGUGCACGGAGCGUGUUCUGCACGGUGCAGCAGGCUCUUUCCGCGCAGGGAGAUGUAGAAUAACGGUCUGCGCGUCGGCUCUGCACAACCAGGAAGUGUCGAGAUGUUGUCUUCCCUACGUCUUUGCCACGCUGUCUGAGUCGGAAGGACAUUGGAAGCUUCUGUCCAUGGCACUAAUGUCCACUGCUCUGACAAGACCAUCGAGGCUGCAGAGGCUCUGCUACGCAUGGAUUCACCUUCCAGCCUCAGAGAGGGUCGUAGUCCAGAAGCCUUUUUCUCACCAUGCAUCAUGACACCGGACUUGCUCCACGCUGCCAUGCGUCCUGACAUGAUUGCAGACACGGAGGUGGAGAUCUCCACAGAGGAUUGCUGUGAGGAGGAGGAGGAGGACGAGGAGGAGAUUGGGACACUGCUGGAGGAUCCAGAACCUGAUCACGAGCCUGUCAGAAAGAGGAGAGCCGGACGGAAGCCAAAGACACAUCAGUCAGCUGUUUCCAACGGCUCCCCAGACCUCGGCAUCAAGAAGAAACCAAGAGAAGGCAAAGCAGGCAGCACCACCUACCUGUGGGAGUUUCUUCUGGACCUCCUCCAGGACAAGAACACAUGUCCCAGGUAUAUCAAGUGGACACAGAGGGAGAAGGGCAUCUUCAAACUGGUCGACUCAAAGGCAGUGUCCAAGCUGUGGGGCAAACACAAGAACAAGCCAGACAUGAACUAUGAGACCAUGGGACGGGCUCUCAGAUAUUACUACCAGCGCGGCAUCCUCGCCAAAGUAGAGGGCCAGCGGCUGGUCUACCAGUUCAAAGAGAUGCCCAAAAACAUUGUCAUCAUUGACGACGACAUGACAGACAUGUCAGCCCCUGAUGAUCUGAUGGGCUCAGACACAGCUGCAUCCUAUGAGCGCGUGCCUCCACCCUCGGACAUGCUGCUCCAGGUGACCGAGCUAUCGUCCUCCAAGAAGCCCAACAUACUGCGGACCGGGAACAGAGCCAACGUGGUUCAAGCUCCUGUCGCCACGGGGAGCAAGAACGUGGCAGGAGGUGGUGCAGCAGGGAGUCAUCGUAUAUUGUCGUUUACUGGAGCAACAGAUGGGAGUCAGACCCAGCAGUCUCACGCAACGAUCAUCCCUAACGCCACAGGGCCCAGGACAGUGCGGGUGGCCAUGCAGGUGCCUGUAGUCAUGACAACAUCCCUGGGUCAGAAGAUCUCUACCGUUGCUGUACAACAGCCGGCAGGAACCACAGGAACCACAGGGGCUGUCGGCCACACAGCCCUCCUCACCAACAGUGGGAACACCAACUCACAACAGAAGGUUGUGAUCCAGACAAUACCCACCAUGGUCCCAGCCACAGCAGAGAACGGAGACAAGAUCACCGUCCAGCUCGCCAAGAUCAUCACAAUCCCAGCACACCAGCUAGCUCAGUGUCAGCUCCAGACCUCCACCGGCACUAACAAGCCCGGCGUCGGUGCAUCUUCGGCAGGCAUCAGCCUCCUCGGCAGUCCCCUGACCGUUCGGGCCCUGGCUCCUGUCGGCGUUGCUCCGGGAACGCAAGUGAUGAGACUCACCGUGCCAACGCAGACACAACAGACUCUAGUGGUGUCGCAGCCGGGGAGCAUCGCAGGCAGGGUGGGGACGGUAACGGUGACAGCAGCCAAUCAGACGAUGACGGCACAGCCUCACAUUAUCAGCGGCGUCAUUAACGGCUCAGAGCUGGUGAUAGGAGCGCCGUCGACUGGAGGAGUUGCGUUGGAGAAGCUGAAGGCUGCUGGGGUCCAGGUGCAGUCUUUGCAGGUACCGUUGACGGCAGCAGUCAAACAGAAUGUCCAGAAUUCUGAGGUGGACGCCGAGGUGGUUAUCAACCUGCAAACCCCCGAUGUGACGAUGAAGACUGAAGAGCCUGAGUGUUGAAACAUUUCCCAGCACCCAUCUCUGCCAGAGAGGGUUAGUUUGUACAUGUCUGAAGUCAUUUUUACUCUUGUGAUAACCAGCAGCAGUCUCUGAGACUUUAAAGAUGUCUGAAGGCCUGUUUUUAGUCCUCAACCUGUCUUCAAUUCUUCCCUGUUGCUGCCUCGGACUGAAAGGGAACCACGUCUGUUUCUUUCACAAAUCACGCUGUCACCGACGCCCUUGGAGCGUUGUGUUCGAAACUUUAACUGGAUCCUUCAACAUAGGAAUACACAAAGACUUUAAAAGGAAGUUGUUGGGAAAGGUUAAGGGACCAACCGUGAUCACUACAAUGUCUGCCUUCUAAAUAGAUCACCAUCACUGACUCAAAUUUGGAGAAAAAAAAACCGUUUAAAAAUAUUAAAGAAGAAAAAGCAAACACUACAAAACAGCAAAUAAUUACAACCGAGCAAAAUAUGAACUAUCAAAGAAGAAAAAAACUAAAUGUGGAGGCUGUAAUGAAACUUUUGUAGACAUUUGUUUCCUAUUUUUUCCUCCACGGAUGUUAAAACCAGCAACUUGUUAUGAAAACGUUCAUCACUGUGCAUCAAGUGUUUGUGGUGCUACACUAGUGAUAGAGGUGCUGAGAGAAGCCCUAAGAUACAGACCAUGGUUGUGUAUGUACAUAUUUAUAUAAAUAUAUAUAUAUCUACUAUACAGUUUACGGAGCUAAAGUUAACAGAACAGCCUUAGAUUUAAAUUCAAAUUUUCUUUUUUCAUAUUUUGUCUGAACAGUAAACAGAAAUUAGUUUUUGUGUUUUGAUACCUUGUACCAAGCACAGUAUUAUUGAAACGAGCGGAUCUAAUAUUUGUUUAAUCAUCGGUUCCCCGACUCUUAUCGAGCCGUCGACCAAUAACACGUUGUAGAUCCAUGAACAGAUUGUUUGUAGUGCGCUUCCAACCUUCAGGAAAAUCUGUAGUCAUGAGUUAAUCCUGUAUCUGACCCCAAAAAUCUUGGCUACAUCUCAAUUCUUAAAACUUGUUUUUCGUUCGCUCUCCUCAUCCCAACGAAGAACGUGAAUAAGAGCAAAAAGAAUAAAGAAACCAAAAAGUAAUAUCAAUGUAUGUAAAAAAAUGUAGUCAUGAAAUUAUUUUACUUUUUAAAAAAGGGGCAUUAAAAAUAAGUUUAUGCAAAAUGGCUGCAUUGACAAUGAAACCACUGUAGAUCCCACGUCACUUUACUAUGCCUGUAAAACAGUUUGCCAGAUAAUAGAGUCUCUGCCAUUUUGGCUUAAUAUUUCAUUACUUUUUUUAUUUUAUUUUAAUCUGAAAAAAGGGACAAUAGAAAGAUGUUUGUGUUCGGACUGAACUGUUUGUAUAUUCAACAUUUGAAGUAUAUUCUAUUUUGUUGUACUCUUGUUUCAAAGUGUAUGAAAGUAGAUUUUACUGAAAUAUAAAAAAAAAAAAGGUUUGCAACAGACA